AUGAGCUUCCGCUGUGCGCCUUUUUGAAAGCGAUUCCCAUGGUUUUGCCGCAAGCAGUGUUGAGAUCAGCAAGCCAUGGGCCGGCGUUGGUGGAGCUGAAGAAUGGCGACUCUUACAGUGGAACUCUGGUCGCUGUGGACAACUUUAUGAACAUUCGUUUGGAGGACGCAGUUUUCACGCCGCGUCUUGAGCAGAAGUUUGAGCACAUGAAGGAGUGCACAAUUCGAGGACAGUUUGUGAAGUUCAUUCGCUUCCCAGACAACAUCCUGGACCGCCAUGCACUCGAUGGUAACAUUGAGCAGAGAGUGACAUUGACAUGUAUCCAAUCCCCAUUGAUGCAGUUUUUGGCUCGAAAACGCAAGCGCUCAACACAUGUGUGGUCUUCGAUGUUCUUUGAGGUCAGUGCUUUGAUCGUUCCAAAGAACUGAUGUCAAAGGGUACGGCUCGGC